AGAACAAAACAAAAUUUAUGGAGUCAUGUACUGGACAAAAGUCACGCUAUAGAGUGUCGUGUUGCGUAGUAGAGUGUCGAGGUGCAAUAUAGAUCCCAAGGUCGCGAGGCGUAGUAUAGGUGGACGCGAGGCGAAAUAGAGAGUCGCGAGGCGUAAUAGUGAGACGCGUAUGUAAUAAUAGAGAGAUGCGAGGCGUAAUAGAAGGACGCGAUGCGUAACAGAAGGACGCGUUGCGUGAUGGAAAGACGCGCAAACAAGGGCGACGCGGCGUGUAGGAAGAGGGGACGCGUACUUUCGCGCCAUUUGCCUUGGUUACCCGUGAAUAAAUUUCGAAUUUUUUCAAUUGACUGGCAAAUUAAUCAAGACAAAACACGAAAGAAAAAGUAAGUUUUUGUAGCAGCUGGGCUGACCGUUCUCUCUGAUUUUUUCUCUCCUGUUUUUUUAAUUUCUGCUGUAUUAUAGUUAUAUUCUGAUAAAUUGUGAGAAGUUGCUAAUUCAUAAGUAUGUGUAGUAGUGAAGGGAAGCAAUGUAGGGCAACGACGACAUUUGUCAACACAGGUAUAGCUGGCACCCCCCCCCCCUCCUCAUAUAUAUUUUCUCAUUAAAAUUUGUAAUGGGCUAGCUAUACUAUUGCUAUAAAUAAUGGAUUAUAUUAUUUGCCCUAGCAACUUUUACUUCCUUUUUUCCUUCCCUUGUAUACACCACCAAUCAACCCCCCUCCCCCUGCAACGAGGAGGGUGCCGAUAAGCCGAAAAAUGUUAUUACACUGCUUGCAUGCUAUUCUGUUAUAAGCAAUGUGCUGUUUUUGUAUUAAUAUUGUGUUUUGUAUCACCAUGUGAUUACAAUGUUUUGAUAGGUAAACAGGGCAGCUUAUAAAACAGAACGUAGGACUACGACUGGUAGUUAAAUGGAACUGUGCGGUGCAUAUGCAUGUGUACAACAACACUGUCAACAGGUGUAUUGUAAUGAUGGCAAAUUUCUCAAGUUUUGGUUUUCUUCAAGUGACACUGCACCCAUUUUCAAGAAUUUUAAAUAAUGCAGCAAAUAUGUACAAUGUUCUUAUUCGAUUUUCCUUUAAGGAUAUUCUUAAGACAUUUUUAAAUUUUUGUCUUACUAUCGUGAAUAUUUAUCGGCAUGGUUGUAAUUUUCAAAACUUUCAAGCUAAAUUGUAUGUGAUGUUUUAGGAAUUAAAAAUUGAUUCAGCAUGCAGAAAGUGAAAGACGCUAUAGACAGACUGAAUAAUGCAUUGGAUGGUCUGUCAUCAUCAACAACAAGUACUCAAAAUAAUCCAAAUCAGAACAUCUUCCAGAGUCCAAACUCACAUCCAAGUCCAAACUUACAUCCAAGUCCACAACAUCAGAGAAUUCUACAAGAUUUCAAUAAGCAAUUUCCAGCGUUGAAUGCUGGUGGUAGCCGAUAUCGCCCACAAGCAAAGAAACCACGUCUCUCUAAUAACUUCAUUAAGGACACAUGGACCCAUAAAUUCUGUGCACUGAGCUACAAAGAUACAUCAGUUUCACCUAAUACACGUGAAUUAAUGGAGCUAAACCAAGUUGGUCUCGGAAUUGAAAAAGUUGUUUUUCCUUCCAAAACUGGAACACAUGCUAUGCUUCUGGAAGAGUUAACAAAAGCUUAUCCAAAAUUAUCAUCACAGAGUGGUGGCAUUGAACUUCUGAGGGCUGAGAGUGGUGGAAUAAACCGACCAUUGGUGUUGAUACCACCAAGAAAAGAUGGUUAACUUUUAAACAUAUUUCGAACAUUUUGGAGGGAAUUUCGUCUGGCAUUUUUAGGAUUUAUUGUAUGAUUAAACAAACAAGUGGUUUUGUUGACAUUUCGUGUACUUAUGCAGUACUUUUAUUUUUCAGAAUAUAACAUGAAUAUACAACAAUUGAGUCCAGUUGAUUUUAUUAAGAAUUCUGUUGUUGAUACAUUGAAACUAAUCCAGUCGUUAUUGUCAUCCUUUGUUGACGCGAAUACAGCAGAUUUGGAUUAUCCUGUCUAUAGACUUGAUGAACUUUACAGCUUCUGCUCUAGAGCAGCUUUAGAGUAUCCAGAUGUUAUAACCGAAAAUGUACUGAGUAGUAUUCAUCAAGCAUCAGUGAUAAUUCAAUCAGUGAACAAAACUAGUAACGCGGAAACUGUACGGCACAAGAUAGGCAGGCCUUCUUUCGAUAUACCUGAGGAAACUCUAAAAACUUUAGUGAGGUUGAAUUUUUCGCAGACGGCAAUAGCUGAAAUGUUCGGAGUAAGUGCAAAAACUAUUCAAAGAAGAUUUAAAGAGUUUGAUAUUGAACCUAAAUCGCACACUAUGAUUGGUGACGAGGAACUUGAUGAACAUGUCAAAAAAAUUAUUUCAGAUUUUCCUAACUGUGGCAUACGUAGAAUGAAAGGUUUUUUACUGUCUCAUGGUUAUCACAUUCCUUGGAAAGUUGUUCGUGAUAGUAUGUGGCGGGUUGAUCCAUCAGGGCUAUUGAUGCGCUCGUUGCAACGUAAUGUAGUUCGAAGAAGAAAAUAUAGUGUUGCAGCGCCAAGGUCAUUGUGGCAUAUAGACGGCAAUCACAAAUUGAUAAGAUGGUCGAUAGUCAUUCAUGGCGGCAUAGAUGGGUAUUCUAGGCGUCUAAUGUUUCUGUCGUGCGGAUCAAGUAACAAGGCUACUGUAGUACUCGAUUUAUUUCUGACCGCAGUACAAAAUUUUGGCUUGCCGUCGCGUGUAAGAGGAGAUCAUGGGGUGGAAAAUGUAGACGUUGCUUGGUUUAUGAUAUCAAGACGAGGAAGUAAUCGUGGUAGCUUUAUCGCUGGGAAAAGUUGCCAUAACCAAAGGAUAGAGAGGUUCUGGAGAGAUCUAUUCCACGGCUGCACAUACAUAUACCACAACAUAUUCACUUACUUGGAAGAGAUAGGAGCCUUGGAUAUAUCGAAUGAGUUGCAUUUGUUUUGCCUUCAUUAUGUUUUUAUUCCAAGAAUAAAUGCACAUUUUCAAAGAUUUAUCCUGGGCUAUGAUCACCAUCCUAUCCGAACAGAGAGAAACCUUUCUCCUCUUCAAUUAUGGGAAAGAGGUUUGUUGUUGCAAAGGAGACCGUCAGAAGAUGAUAUUGUCGAUGACUGCGAUUCAUAUGGUAUAGAUUGGAGUGUACCGAGUCAUUAUAUCGAAACCCGUGACGAUGCUAUUGUGGUUCCCGAGAUAAAUCAUCCAUUUCAAAGUAAUGACUUAUACCUGGAAUUUUGUAGAUCUAACGAUCCAAUGGCAAAUUGCGAUAACUUCGGUAUCGAAGUGUUUCUUCGAACUGUUCAGGUCGUAGAAAGUACAUUGUUAUGAACACCACUAUUAGUUCACUCACAGAACUUUUGAUUGAAUUGCUUAACUUGACAUUAGUUACAUUAGAUACAUUACAAAGAAGAAAUUCAAACAUUUUGUUCACUAUAUACGUACUAGAUAUUAUGCUUAGGUAAAAUAAAGCUCCUUCAGUUCUUCUAACCACGCGAAAAAAUAGCCACAGCAGUAGUCAUUUAAUAAGUUCUUCCCGUGCCUAAUUAUAGAGCGCGCUCUUUUUUGUUUCCCCGUCCCAACGUCGAAAAGUUGUAUUAUGCCCUGAUCGAGGUUGUUAUUCUGCUUAUCAUAACUCCCCUCUAAUAGGCAUAUAAUAUACACGAGAGGUUAUGAUGAACUAGUAGCCCUUGUACACCAAGUAUGGAAUCUUUUUUUUUCAUUUUUUCCUUUUAAAGUAUUCAUGACAAGAAAAAAGUGAAGAUGUAUGUAAGCGUAGUUCUUUCUCUGACACGGAUCCUCCCAUCACACAUCUUAUUACGCUCCGACUUUACACGUAUUUCUAUUACGCCUCGCGUCCUUCUAUUACGCCUCGCGUCUCUCUAUUACGCCUCGCGUCUCUCUAUUACGCCUCGCGUCCUUCUAUUACGCCUCGCGUCUCUCUAUUACGCCUUGCGUCUCUCUAUUACGCCUCGCGUCCUUCUAUUACGCCUCGCGUCUCUCUAUUAUUACAUACGCGUCUCACUAUUACGCCUC